AUGAGAGAGCCUACGUACGGUCUGCUGACCAUCUUCGUCUCGGCGAAUAUCCUGCUCGAUAAUGGACGUGGUCAGUGCCCCGUUGACCCACGCUGUAAUUGCCAACCAAGAAAUAACUCUUAUAUCAACUGUUACAACGUUGUAACUGGGGAAGUAGCGAAAUUUCUGCCCACGAAUGUGUAUUUUCAAUCUUUAAGCAUAUCCGGAAAUGGAAUCGAUUCUAUUGCAAAAGGUGCGUUCAAAGAAUUACCUGUUGUGACACUGACUUUUUCAGGGACAGGGAUGUCUCAUUUUGAGUGCCGGGAUUUUAAUGGACUAGAGAACUCAUUAACUCAGUUGUCACUUUUGAAUAAUGCCAUGCUGUCUACCAUGCCCAGAUGUGCGAUCGCAAAUCUGAAAAAAAUGACGUCGUUUACAUUGACUGGCGGCAGAAUACGUACAAUUCGAAAUGAAGACUUUUUAAACCUCACGUUGCUGGAAACUCUUAACCUUGAAAGCACCUGCAUUGAUAAGAUCGAGUCUGAUGCACUAGGUCCACUUCAUCAACUCACCUAUCUAAGUAUUUCCUACAACAAAAUUGCUGAGUUUGAGGGUCUUCCUUUCCGAGGUCUUAUUUCUUUGAAAUCUCUGGAUAUACGUGGAAAUGAGAUUUCAGGGUUUCACGUAAGAACUUUCGACCAGUUAACCAAUCUACAACGACUCUAUGUGGACAACAAUGCCCUCGUGGUUUUACCAGAUACCCUCUUCCUGCGCAACACUGAUAUAGAAACCAUUUCUCUGGGCCGUAACCAGAUAUCAUCUCUACCGGAGACAAUACUCAACGGAUUGGGUAAACUACAGAGAUUCUCAGUCAGCCACAACCUUUUGUCGGAUUUACCCCUGAAGUUGUUUGAAGGUUGUUCCAAUCUUAUCGAUCUUGACGUUUCGUCAAACAUGCUGACGUAUCUUCAACCUAAACUACUACGACCACUCACAAAACUUAGGACUUUAAACUUAGAAAACAACAGAAUUUCCAGCAUUGCUGACAACCUUAUGAAUUUUGUGAUGGCUGAUGCCUUUAGACAUCUGACCAGGAUCGCUUAUAUUUAUUUGCACAACAACAGCUUAUCGACUCUUCAGUCAGGAGCAUUCAGGAAUUUAACUGAUCUCAUAGUUUUAACCUUGACCGACAACAAAUUGACGGAAAUACCACAGGGAGUUCUAACAAACUCAUCAGUGUUACAGCAUCUCUUUGCGAGCAAUAACCACAUACGGAACAUUCCGCAAGAUUUGUUUGAAGAGUCGUUCCCUUUUUUAUAUAGUCUGUACUUGGACAACAACCACGUGGCUGUCCCCUCAAUCUUACACUUAUUUGAAAGAUUACCAGUGUUGCAACGCCUACGUAUUCUGCAUAUGUCUCACGCAAAGUUACCUCCCUUAUCAGCAGAUAUCGUGGCUCGUUUCGUACAGCUGGAAGAGCUCCGCGUAAGGAACUGCUCUCUAAAAGGCAUCUUCCCGACUAAUGGAACCGGAUUACCCGCAACAACAGAUCUUUCCAAUAAUAACUUGAAGGGAUUUGGUGACAAAACUCCUGUAGAAAUCAUCGGUCAAUACAAUGUUGUCAAGUUCAAUGUCUCAAACAACGACCUUACCCAGCUUGGCGUCAUUGUCUACAAUAGUUCCAUGAUAAAUAUCUAUGCUGAGAAUAAUGGCAUUCACAAUCUGUUUGUAGCCAUAGGUAGUGGACCAAAUGCUCCAGUAAGUAUAAGAAUGAGAAAUAACAGAAUCAGCACAUCGGUAAGUGUUACAAAUAUAGAACGGGUUUAUCUCUUGGACCUGUCUUAUAAUAAUUUUACCAGUGCUGAAAGUUCCCCAGUUAAUUUCACCGAGUCGCACGACACAUGUGCUUUACGGAAGGUUCACACGCUAAACCUUUCGCGAAACGCUAUUCUUCAUAUCUCCCCUGAAGCUUGCCUUGGUGGCGUUUUAGUUCUGGACCUGAGUCAUAACCAGCUGAAGAGUCUUGGUGCUUUGACUCCAGUGAACAAGAGCUCGGUGUUAAGACUGAAUUACCUUUAUCUAGCGGGCAAUCAACUGCACACCAUAUCAUCGGAAACAUUUGUGACGGCGACUUCUCUUCAAUUCAUUGAUCUUCGUUCUAAUCAGGUCGCUGUAAUUCCCGAUUUACGGAGUCUGUUGUCUGGUUCCAAAUUUAGAAAUCUCUACCUGUCGGAUAAUCCACUGCGCUGUGACUGUACAGCGGCCUGGUUGAGGAAUACACCCAUCAGUCUUAAGAUUGACAAAGCCCGCUGCCACUCGCCUCCUGAUAAGGAACUCUUCCUGUUGCAGUGCUACGAUGUCAAUGGAUGUGGAACUAACCCGACAACAACCUCUGAGCUCCAGUCCAAGGUAACUUUGUGUAAGGAGGACUACAUUGUAGUUUUUCGCAAUCUCACCGCUGACAUCGUUGAUAAGGAAGUCAUUAUUCAUUGGUCAGUACAGGGUCCAGGUACCGUCCUGGGUUACCGGCUGACGUACGAAUUGGGCGCUGACUCAAACGAUGACAGAGAGAGACUAUACCAUCCGGAGGAGCGUUCUGCUGUCUUGUCAGGUCUGCUUUCUGGUUACCUGUAUAACAUCUGCAUAGAGGCCCAAGUGUACCCAGACUCGCGAACUGAACGCGUGUGCAUGGACGUAGAGGGUACUGCUAACGUGCAAAAUGGGUUCCAUUUACCAUCCAUGGCUCUUGGCAUAGCGCUCGGUGCUUGUCUUUUGAUCAACAUUACGUUUUUGUCCUGUCUGGUUGUCAGAUCAAAGCAUAAUGUCACCAAAUCGUUGGUGCCUGGCGAGCCAGUUGUCCGACGGGAUAAAGUUGGUGGUUCUGGUCAGGAACAGACUAGAAACACGAUUAGUGGUGGUUCAUUGUAUGAGACUAUAGAUUAA